UCAAAUUUAUUUUUAUUUAUUUUUAAUAAUUUCUUUAUUUAUAUUAAGCUUGGCUUUAUUAUUUUUAAGUAUAGAUUAUUCUAUAGUAAUUGAAUUAAAUUUAUUGAACUUAAAUUCUAGAAGAAUUGAAAUAGUAAUUUUAUUUGAUUGAAUAUCUUUAUUUUUUAUAAGAUUUGUUUUAUUUAUUUCAUCUAUGGUUAUUUAUUAUAGACAAGAAUAUAUAUUAGGUGAUUUGUAUUUAAAUCGAUUUAUUUUAUUAGUUGUUAUAUUUGUUCUAUCAAUGAUAUUUAUAAUUAUUAGUCCUAAUUUAAUUUCUAUUUUACUAGGAUGGGACGGUUUGGGAUUAGUUUCUUAUUGUUUGGUAGUUUAUUAUCAAAAUUUAAAGUCAUAUAAUGCUGGAAUAUUGACUGCUUUAAGGAACCGAAUUGGUGAUGUUGCAUUAUUGAUAGCAAUUGCUUGGAUAAUAAAUUUUGGUAGGUGAAAUUUUAUUUUUUAUUUGGAAAUUAUAAAAAGAAAUUUUUAUAUAGAGUUAAUCAGAUAUUUAGUAGUUUUGGCUGCUUUAACUAAGAGGGCUCAAAUUCCUUUUUCUUCGUGAUUACCCGCAGCUAUAGCAGCUCCAACCCCGGUCUCAUCUUUAGUUCAUUCUUCUACUUUAGUUACAGCAGGUGUAUAUUUAUUAAUUCGUUUUAAUUAUUCUUUUUCUUCAAGAUUAAUAUAUUUAUUAUUAUUUAUUGCUAGAAUUACAAUGUUUAUAUCAGGAUUAAGAGCAAAUUUUGAAUUUGAUUUAAAAAAAAUUAUUGCUUUAUCAACUUUAAGACAAUUAGGCUUUAUGAUAGGAAUUUUAGCUUUAGGCAGGUAUAAAUUAGCUUUUUUUCAUUUAUUAAUUCAUGCUUUAUUUAAAGCUUUAUUAUUUUUAUGUGCUGGUAGAAUUAUUCAUAAUUUAAGUAAUUGUCAAGAUAUUCGUUAUAUAGGGGGUUUAAUUUAUCAUAUGCCAAUAACUUGUGUAUAUUUUAAUAUUAGAAAUUUUUCUUUAUGUGGAUUACCUUUUUUAUCUGGAUUCUAUUCAAAGGAUUUAGUAGUAGAAUUUAUAUCAUUUGGGAAUUUAAAUGUAUUUAUUUAUAGUAUUUAUUAUAUUUCAAUUGGCUUAACAGUCUGUUAUAGAUUCCGAUUAGCUUAUUACUCUUUAAUAGGAACCUUUAAUUUUCAUUCUUUAAAUAGGCUUAGGGAAACAAGAUUUAUUAUAUUAAAAUCAAUAUUUGGUUUAAUUUUAUUUGUGGUAUUUAGAGGGAGGAUAAUAAGAUGAUUAAUUUUUCCAACACCUUAUUUUAUUUGUUUACCCUAUCAAAUAAAAUUAAUAACUUUGGUAUUUAUUAUUUUAGGAGUUUGAAUUGGAAUAGAAGUUUCUAAAUUUAAAAUUUUUUAUUUAUUAAAAAUAAAAUGUAAUUUUAAAACUGUAAAAUUUUUUAGAAUAAUAAUUAAUUUACCUUUAUUAUCUACUUAUGGGGUAAAUUAUUUCCCAAUUUUUUUAGGGAAAAUUUAUAUAAAUAAUAUAGAUCAAGGAUGAUUAGAAUAUUAUGGUGGUCAAAAUUUAUAUAAAUUAUUUAAAAAAAUAAUAUUUGUUCAACUUAUAUCAAAAAAUCAUAUAAAAAUUUACUUAUCUUUAUUUGUUUGUUGAUUAAUAUUUUUAAUUUUUAAUAUUUUAUAUUCAUAUAGCUUAAUUUAGAGCAUAGUAUUGAAGAUACUAAGGUAAUAAAAUAUUUAUGAAUAUUAUAAGAUAUCUCUAAUUUUACAAUGAAAAUGUAAUGUUUUUUUUAAACUAUAUAAAAAGAAAUAUAAACGAAUUUUCAUCGCUUAAAUAUUAAGUUAGAAGCUUAUAUUUGGGUCCCAUAUUUCUUUAAUUGGAAAAAUUUCAAUUUUAUCAUUAACAGUGAUAUACCUCUUUUUGGUUUCAAUUAAAUAAGGAUUAAAAAUCAAAUUUUUAGGUCGAAACUAAAUGCAAACUUUGCUUCUUAUUUUUAGAUAAAUUGAUGAUUCAAUACUUUUUAAAUGCAAAUUAAAUGUUAUAGUUAACUAUUAUCCAAAUAGGCUCAGUUCAAAGCUCCUUGAUUUCAUUCAUGAAAUAAUCCAAUAAUUAAAAUUAUAAUAAAAAAAUUUAAAAUUAGAGAAUAAUUAAAUACGUUUCUUCAUGGUAUAACUAGAAUUAUUGGUAGUAAAAGAGUAAUUUCAACAUCAAAAAUCAAAAAAAUAAUAGCAAUUAAAAAAAAUUGUAAUGAGAAUGGAAGUCGGGCAGUAGAUUUAGGAUCAAAUCCGCAUUCAAAAGGCCUUCUUUUUUCUCGGUCUGAGAAACUUUUUUUCGAUGAUAAAUUUAAAAUAAUAGUUAAAAUAAAAAGGAUAAAAAAAAUUAUUACGGUAAUUAUAAAAAUAAUAAAAAUUAUUUGUACUAGGAUUUAGAUUUUUUGAUUGGAAGUCAAAUAUAAUAAUUAUAUUAUACAAAUAUCUACCUCAUCAAUAAAUAGAAAUAUAUAAAAAUAGUCAAACUACGUCUACAAAAUGUCAGUAUCAUGCUGCUGCUUCGAAUCCAAAAUGAUGGUAGGAAGAGAAAUGAAGAAAAUAAUGUCGGAUUAGACAAACAAAUAAAAAGGUUGUUCCAAUUAUUACAUGAAGACCGUGGAAUCCUGUUGCUAUAAAAAAAGAAGAUCCAUAAAUUGAGUCAGCAAUAGUAAAUGGGGCUUCUAAAUAUUCAUAAGCUUGUAAGAUAGUAAAAUAAAUACCGAGUAUAACUGUUAA